CAUCCACCACCUGGCUAUGACCAUCCUCCUCACAAAGUCUGUCGUCUUCGUCGUGCUCUUUAUGGUCUCAAAUAGGCCCCUCGAGCCUGGUUUGCCAAAUUUAGUUCUGUUGUUGCUCAACAGGGCUUUGUCCCUAGUGCAUAUGACUCUGCACUGUUUCUUCGGACUACUGGUGUUGGUACUAUUCUUAUCCUUCUUUAUGUUGAUGACAUGAUCAUUACAGGGGAUGAUCUCUCUAGUAUUCGAGAUCUUCAGCGUUUUCUGAGUCAGAAUUUUGAGAUGAAGGACUUAGGGCAGCUUAACUACUUCCUUGGUCUUGAGGUGACUUUAGGUUCAGAUGGUUAUUAUCUAUCUCAGGCUAAGUAUGCUUCUGACUUGCUUUCCAAAGCAGGCUUGAGUGACAGCAAAACGUGCACUUCUCCUCUUGAAUAUAAUGUUAAGCUUCUUGCUACUGACGGUGAAUCUCUUCCAGAUGCUACUCUGUAUAAACAAUUGGUCAGUAGUCUCAUCUAUCUCACAGUUACUCGCCCAGACAUUUCCUAUGCUGUUUACUUAGUUAGUCAGUUUAUGAGUGCACCACGCUCUACUCACUAUGCUGCCGUUCUUCGUAUCUUACGCUAUGUCAAGGGGACUUUGUUUCAUGGUCUUCACUUUUCAUCGCACUCAUCUCUGGAGCUCCACUCUUAUUCUGAUGCUGACUGAGCCAGUGAUCCUACCGAUCGUCGCUCCACUAUAGGUUAUUAUUUUUUACUUGGUACUUCUCUCAUUUCUUAGCGCAACAAGAAACAGACUGUUGUUGCCCGAUCCAGUACUGAGGCUGAGUACCGUGCACUUGCUGAUACUACAGUUGAACUUUUGUGGCUACGAUGGCUUUUGACAAACAUGGGUGUUUCUCAGCCGACUAGUUCCCCUCUUUAUUGUGAUAAUCGGGGCGCCAUUCAGAUUGCUCACAAUGAUGUUUUUCAUGAGCGGACCAAGCAUAUCGAGAUUGACUGCCACUUCAUUCGGCACCACCUCCAGCAGGGUACACUACAUCU